UCGAUAGAAAUUUCCUCUGUGAGGUGGUUAAAGCGGAAGUUGCCAAAAGUGGCUUAGUAAACACUUGACAGGUUAUAAACUCUUAAAUCUUAAAUCUGCUUUUUAAAGCUGCUGUGGCAGACAGACUGAUGAUCAAUCAGUUUGAUGGUCAGACGUGAUUGAUCAUGGCUUCUGCAGAUGAACCUCCUGAAAGGCACUGCUGGGUGUGUUUUGCAACAGAGAGGGAGGACCGGGUGGCUGAGUGGGUCAGUCCAUGUCGGUGUAAAGGCUGCACCAAGUGGAUCCACCAGGCCUGUCUGCAGCGCUGGCUGGAUGAAAAGCAGAAGGGCAACAGCGGCGGAACCGUCAGCUGCCCACAGUGUGGCACAGAAUACCGUAUUGUCUUCCCCAAAAUGGGACCUUUAGUAUAUUUCCUGCAGCAGCUGGACCGAGCUCUGUCCCGGGUCAGUCCAUUUGCAGCUGCCGGUGUGGUGGUGGGAACGGUUUACUGGUCAGCUGUCACCUAUGGAGCCGUCACAGUCAUGCAGGUGGUGGGUCAUAAGAAGGGGCUGGAUGUUAUGGAGCGGGCGGAUCCACUAUUCUUGCUGAUGGGUUUACCCACAAUACCGGUGAUGCUGGUUCUGGGGAAGAUGAUCCGGUGGGAGGAUUAUGCUGUGCGACUCUGGCAACGUCACUCCGCCAAACUACAGCUGCUCAGCGCCAUCGUACCUGGUAUUGGGAGGCCCCUUCCCCGAGUGCCGGUUGCUGGGGGUUAUGGGGGGGAUCAUAUCUCAGUGUCGCGGACACUGUGUGGUGCGCUGGUCUUCCCCUCUGUCGCCGGGCUGGUGGGUCGUCUGCUGUUCCGGAGGGUACCGUCCAACCUGCAGCGGACUGUACUGGGCGGGAUAGCGUUCGUGGUGAUUAAAGGGAUACUGAAGGUUUAUUUUAAGCAGCAGCAGUUUCUCAUCCAGGCCAACCGGCGCAUCCUCAACUACCCCGACCGGGACGAUCCAACGGACACAGCGGAGGAGGAGGGAGGGAGUGAGGGAUGAAGAGUCAUAAGAGGGGGGAGUGAUGGAAGAAGAGUUGAAGGAGGGGGGAGUGACAGAUGAACAGGAGAAGGGGGAAGUGAGGGAUAAGGAGGAGGAAGAAGGGGAAUGAGGGAUGAAGAGAGGGAGGGGCAAAUGAGGAAUGAAGAGGAGGGUGGAGUGAGGGAUGAAGAGGAGGGGCAAAUGAGGGAUGAGGAGGAGGGGGGAGUAAGGAAGAAGAGAAGGGGGGAAUGAGGGAUGAAGAAAAGGAGGCACAAGGAGUAGAGGGGGAGUGAGAGAUGAAGAGGGGGAGGAGUGAGGGAUGAAGAGUAGAAGGAGGGGGGGUGAGGGAUGAAGACAAGGAGGAGAAAAGGGAAGGAAGGAUACGGAGUAGAGGUGGAGUGAGGGAUGAGGAGGAGGGGGUGAAGGGGGAGGGAUGAAGAGGAGAUAGAGAAAGGUGGUUCCUCUCUAACUUGAUGAUCCAGAUUCCGGAUCUGAUGCUGAUGUUUGAUUCUUAUAAACGCUGUAAAUCCUGUUAUUUAAUUUGAGUUAUUUCUUUAUUAAAGUGAAUUAUGAACGUG